AUGGCUUUCCUUCAGGUGUUCUCAUUUUCUGCUUAUAAUGUUGCUGUUACACACUGCUCAGCGAUCGUCAAUCGAGGAAGCACCGGCGCGUCGCAGCCAUCAUCUACGGCAAGCAAUUCCAAGCUACAUUUAGUCACAAUCGGAACUGAUAGUGAUGACCUGCUGCCAGUGCUGAAAGUGUGGCGAAUCAAUGAAUCGGCUCUCACAGCAGACAAGGAAGAUAACCUCUUUCAAUCUUCAGCACACACCGAAAUCGCUGAAGGUUUAGAGGCAACUGAACAAAACAGCAGCACUCCCAUUGGCGCCUGUAUCCGUAGCAUCAAGCUUAGUCCGAGCACACCACAACUGACAACCCUAAGCCCACAAGUUUCUGUUACGGUGCUUGAUGUACUGAAUGAUUCCCUGGUUGCUGUGGGCUUUAACGAUGGCCACUGUUUGACAGUACGGGGCGAGCUGACGCGGGAUACGCGAAAUAUCAAGAUGAAACUACUGGAGGUUUCCUCAGGCGGCAGCUCAAUCACAGGUGUGGCUUUCUCUAGCUACACACAGGCCUACAAGGCUACAUCAAAAACUUUCCGAACAUUCAAUACCAACACCUCAGGAACACGACAGCAUAUCAUACUUUUCGUGUCGACUCGAAAUGAAAUUUGCUCUUUUGAUCUCACAAACCGAGACUCUAAAGAGAAAGAGCCCAAAAUUAUCUUAGACUCUUUUGGCUGCGACAUUGGCUGCAGCUGUCUGAAGCGGGACCCAAAACAGCUUGAAUCGAUACAGUUUAUUGUCGGGCGGAAUGACGCCAUCUACUUCUACAACAUCGACGGACGCGGUCCAUGCCUCGCUUAUGACGGGCAGAAGUCAUUUCUUUACUGGUUCAGGAACUACCUGGUGGUAGUGACGGUGAAUGAUUUGAAUCGGAUGACCCAGUCGCCCAACAACACAAACGAGUCCUCUUCCACAGCAUCAUCAUCAUCACUUCUGGCCAAUCUCACACCUAACCUCAUUACCAUCUACGACAUAUCUCGCAAGUUCAUCGCCUUUUCAUGUCCCAUACCUGCUGUGAAUCAGGUUAUCUCAGAGUGGGGCCAGCUGUACAUUCUGACGGCGGACAAACGCGUCUGCGUAUUCACUGAAUGCGACACGCAGACAAAGCUGGAGUUGCUCUUUCGAAAGAAUCAAUUCUCACUGGCAAUUGAUCUAGCAAAGGCGCAGACGUACAGUCCCGACUCUCUGGCGGACAUGUUCAAGCAGUACGGUGACCAUCUCUAUUCAACGGGCGACUUUGAUGGGGCCAUCAAUCAGUACUGUCAGACGAUUGGCAUUCUAGAGCCGUCCUAUGUGAUACGGAAGUUUUUGGACCUGCAGAGAAUCCACAAUCUAACGGCGUACCUGCAAGAGCUGCACAAGCGGCGAGUGGCCACCGAAGACCACACUACCCUUCUCAUUAACUGCUACGUCAAGCUAAAGGAUGAACAAAAGCUGAACGAGUUUCUCCGCUCUUCAGACAUUGUCUUUGAUGUGGACAUUGCUAUUCGGGUACUGCGCCAAGCUGGCUACUUUGACAAUGCGGUCAUGCUGGCAAAGAGACACGGUCGCUAUGAUGCAUACUUCUGUACACUACUCGAAGACAAGGCAGACUUCGGGAAGGUUCUGGAAACGUUCAAAGAACUGCUCGAUGAGGAGAAGGAGGACAUUGUCAGUCAGUAUCUUAGCAAGUACGGACGUCUUUUGAUGGCCGAUGAGCCAGAUCAAACAACACAACUUUUGAAGACGCUUUCGGCGUAUUUGCUGAAACAGAACGUCAAAAGUCGAUCAAUCAUUCCACCUGCCACUCAAGGCUCAGACUUGAACGAUGUCUUUGACAUUGCCAACCUUGCUUCGGCUUUAAAUGACGACAGUCUCUAUGAUUCAGAGUUUAAAUGUGAAAAGUUUCUGCACAUUUUUCUAAACCAUCCGACAAAGCUCAUAGAGUACCUGGAGUUUAUCAUUAAUGAAUCAAAGUCAAUUGUUGAUGCUGAAGGGAACAGUAUUCCUGUUCCGUUUGAAAUAAGCAACACACUGCUAGAGAUGUACCUCCACUCGUACAAAAGUCAAAUAAAAGAAGACGGUUUGGCAGAGAACGAGGCAAAGAUUAUGAACUUUCUGCAAAAUGAAGGUGCACACUACGACUCGAAAAAAGCGAUGAUCAUCUGCCAGAUGAGCAACUUUACCCCUGGAGUCCUUUACCUCUACGAGCAGAGUCAGAUGUUCAAGCAGAUUCUGGCACACUAUGUUUCCCGUGCUGACAGUGACAAGGUGAUUGAAAUCUGCCAGCAGUACAGCAAAGAGGAGCCCAAUCUGUGGGUGGACGCACUGUGGUAUUUUUCAGAAGUGUACAACGACGGGCAAGAGGCAAACACUUUACUGGUUUUGGAAGAAAUUGAGCGGCGGCAGCUGUUGCCGCCGUUGAUGGUGGUGGAGAUUCUGUCGAAGCACAGUAAGGUGGCACUGGGUGUAGUACGCGACUACUUGAUGCGCUGGAUCAGCGCUGAACAGGAGCAAAUCGAAGAAAAUGAACGGCAAAUUGAAGCGUACCGAGAAGAGUGCGACAAGAUUCGAGUUCAAAUUGAGGAUAUCAGAGAUAAACCUCACGUUUUCCAGGCGUCCAAGUGCUCCGCUUGCUCUCACCCACUGGAGUUGCCCUCGGUGCACUUUAUGUGCGGUCAUUCCCUCCACGACACCUGCUUUGAGAGCUUCAAUGGAGAGAGUGAAGAGAACUGUCCGCUCUGUCUGGACAAAAAUCGUAAAAUACUGAAUGAAAUCAGCCUGUUUGACAAUGUGAAGAACGUUAAUGAGCUGUUUCAGCAAGAACUAGCCGAGACGAAGGACCCAUUUGAUGUGAUAGCUCGAUACAGCAGUCAAGGUCUGUUCAACCCGCUGACCGUAAUCACCGAUGACGGUCUCAUACAAACGCAAGGUCAGGUCAAUGCGAGACGUUAG